CAUAAAAACCACUUCAGACGAGCCUCCAAAUUUAUUUAGUUGCAAUCCUACGAAACGAUCAAAACAAUAUGUUUGUGGAACUAAUCUUGGGCGCUCUAGCCUUUCUACUAGUCUGGGAUUAUUUAAGUAAAAAACAUCGUAAUGAAGUGUUUAGUAAAUCGGGUAUACGAGGACCUAAAACCUUACCCAUAUUGGGGAAUUCGCUCGAUAUAAAACAUGUUAAUACAGAAAAUAUGAUCGAUUUUGUGCAACAGUGUAAGCAUAAAUAUGGCAAAAUCUAUCGUAUAUGGGUUUUGCAUCAAGUGAGUGUUUUCGUUUUGGAUGUCAAAUAUUUAGAAGUGAUUUUCGGCAGUCAACAGAUGAUUAAGAAAAGUCGUUUAUAUGAUUUCAUUGCGGGCUGGUUGGGUCGUGGUUUACUUUUGAGUUGGGGCAAGAAAUGGCAUUCGAGACGUAAGAUUAUUACUCCUACUUUCCACUUUAAGAUAUUGGAGCAAUUUGUGGAGAUUUUCGAUCAACAGAGUAGUGUUAUGGUGGAAAAACUGUACCAGAAGGCUGAUGGUAAAACGGAGAUUGAUAUAUUCCCGGUAGUGUGUUUGUGUGCAUUGGAUAUUAUAACGGAAACUGCCAUGGGAGUAAAAGUUAACGCCCAAGAAAAACCGGGCCUGGAAUAUGUUCAAGCCAUAGCCACCAUGUCCCAAAUUUCAGCCAAUCGUGUGUUUAGUCCUCUUCAAAGAACCGAUUUCCUAUUUCGCUUAUCAGCUCCUAAAUUAUAUAGACAAACUGAACAAUGUAUAUCCACAUUGCACAAAUUCACCAUAGAUGUUAUAGAACAGCGUCGAACGGCCCUGGAAAAAUCGCUAAAAGAUGGCAGUUAUAAAAAAGUAGCCGAUGACUCAGAUUUGAAUACUAAAAAACGCAUGGCUUUACUAGAUGUUCUACUACAGUCCACGAUAAAUGGUGCUCCUUUAACCAAUGAGGAUAUACGUGAAGAAGUUGAUACGUUUAUGUUUGAGGGUCAUGAUACCACUACUAGUGGUAUAGCUUUUGCUUUGUACUUAAUAGCCCGUCAUCCUGAGGUCCAAGCUAAACUAGUGGAUGAAAUUAAAAAUGUUUUAGGCACCGACAAAUAUAAACCGGUGGGCUUUAGGGAUUUACAAGAUUUAAAAUAUAUGGAAUGUGUUAUCAAAGAAACUUUAAGAUUAUAUCCCUCGGUACCGGUUAUAGGUCGUGAAAUAACGGAAGAUAUAUUAGUGGGUGAUAUUACUAUACCCGCCAAUACUAACAUUAACAUUAAUCUCUUCGCCGUCAUGCGUGAUCCUGAUUACUUCCCCGAACCCAAUGCCUUUAAACCGGAACGUUUCUCGGAUGAUAGCAUGCAGAAAGUCAACCCCUUUGCCUAUGCUCCUUUUUCGGCCGGUCCACGCAAUUGUAUUGGUCAAAAGUUUGCCACCUUGGAAAUGAAGAGUACCAUAUCGAAAAUGUUGCGUCAUUUUGAAUUGCUACCUUUGGGUCCCGAUGCUAAGCCUAUAAUUAAUCUUAUUAUACGUUCUUCGACUGGUGUACAUAUUGGUGUGAGACCAAGAGUUUUUUAGUUGAGCGUUUUUAGGAAUUUAUGGUCUUAAAUCUAGUGAUUUUUAUGUUUUAAAUUAUAUUAGCA